CCCGAUUCAAAUAACCCUCACAUUUCGGGUUCCACAUGCCUAGCCUCAAAACCUAUCUUUCUCGUUGUCGUGGUCGACUUGUAUGUCGCUCAAAGAGACCGGACACCGAUGCCUGUUCCCUUCGAACGAUAGCAUAAGCAAUUGUUAGCUGGCAUAUUACAAGUGAAGAUGUCGGCCUUCUCUCCACCCGCCAUGUCGAUGAAGGAGCUAUAUGAGAUGCCAUCCCCGCCGGUAUGGAUGGUAGCCUGCCCGAAUUCAUCUUUUCACCGCAACAGCCAUGGCAGGAGACUCAAAAAUCAGAGUAUCCAUUGAUCGAGGUGGCACCUUUACUGAUGUUCACGCUUCGGUGCCUGGAAAGUCAGAUAUCAUCUUGAAGCUUCUAUCAGUCGAUCCUGCCAACUAUCAAGAUGCCCCUACUGAAGGUAUUCGCCGUGUUCUCGAAUUGGCGACUGGGGAGAACUUCCCUAGGGGCAAGCCUCUCAGCUUGAAGCACAUUGAGCGACUCCGAAUGGGUACGACAGUUGCGACAAAUGCACUCCUCGAAAGAAAAGGUGCAAAGUCUGCGUUGGUCACCACGAAAGGCUUCGGAGACUUGUUGCAAAUCGGAAAUCAAUCCAGGCCCAAGAUAUUUGACCUAUCCGCUGCAAAGCCUGGAGUUCUGUAUGACAAGGUCGUCGAAGUCGACGAGCGUAUUAUUCCAUGCCCUCAAGAUAGCCGAUCGUACCGAUACCCUCAAUGCCGCCUAGUACAAGGCACGACCGGCGAGCACUUCCGGGUGCUUAGGGAGCUUAACACAGAAGAAGUUGGUGAUCAGCUUCAGCAGCUUUGGGACGACGGUUUCCGAUCAAUUGCCGUGGCACUAUUGCAUUCCUAUGCAUACCCUGAGCACGAAGUGAAAAUUGGCCAACUUGCCCUAUCUAUGGGAUUCUCGGUCGCAUUAUCAGCACGUCUACAGCCCAUGAUCAAGGUCGUACCCCGAGGUAUGUCGGCAUCAGCGGACGCGUACCUGACACCUGUGAUCAAAAGUUACAUUGACUCUAUCGAUGCGAACUUUGAGGGUGGACUCGACAAUUCACAAGGCUGUCGGUUCGAGUUCAUGCAGUCUGACGGUGGAUUGGUUGACUUCCGAAACUUCAGUGGACUGAAAGCCAUUCUCUCUGGACCAGCCGCAGGAGUGGUUGGAUUUGCUGCGACAAGCUGGGACGAGAAUGAACGAGUCCCGGUCAUAGGCUUUGAUAUGGGUGGUACCUCGACCGAUGUAUGCCGGUUCGGUGGGGAUUUCGAACACGUUUUCGGAGCCACUAUUGCUGGCGUUUCGAUUCAGUCACCUCAGCUUGAUAUCAACACAGUCGCUGCUGGUGGCGGAUCUAUACUUUCUUGGCGCAACGGUCUCUUCUUGGUAGGGCCUGAGUCGGCCUCGGCUCACCCAGGUCCUGCUUGCUAUCGAAAAGGUGGCCCUCUUACCGUCACGGAUGCGAACUUGUUCCUUGGCCGUCUACUCCCUGAAUAUUUCCCAAAGAUCUUCGGACCUCAUGAAAAUGAGCCCCUCGAUCGGGAUGUCACUGCCAGCAAGUUCCAAGCGCUCACUAAUGCCAUCAACGACGAACAGACCCAGAAAGGUCGAGCUCAAUUUACUGCAGAAGAGGUGGCGUCGGGAUUUCUGAAGGUUGCCGAUGAGUCUAUGGCGCGCCCUGUGCGCAAUCUGACUGAGGCUCGCGGAUUUGAGACCUCGUCGCACUAUCUUGCAUCGUUCGGCGGUGCUGGUGGACAACAUGCUUGCUCAGUCGCUGCGACCUUGGGGAUCUCCCGCAUCAUUAUCCACAAAUAUUCGUCGGUGCUAUCUGCUUACGGACUUGCGCUGGCAGACGUGGUCAAGGAAGCUCAGGAGCCUGUCUCAGUCGAGUAUAUCUCAUCUCAAUCACGCUUACGCAAGAAAUUUGAAGGCUUGAUUGCCCAAUCGACAACGGAUCUUAUUGCUCAAGGCUUCCAACUGGACCAGAUUCGUCAUCAACUCUACCUCAACAUGCGCUACGAAGGCUCAGAUACUAACCUGAUGAUCGUCAAGCCGGAAGACACCUGGGAUUUCGCUGCAGAAUUUAAGGAGAGGCAUCGCCGGGAAUUUGGAUUCACCUUUGAGAAGCCGCUCCUUGUGGAUGAUGUUCGUGUUCGUUCAACUGCAUCCUCGAAUGGACAUGCUGAGAAGAGCCCAGCCAAGCAGCUCAAAGAUGCUAGUAUGAAAGCAAUUCAACAGUCUCCUCAGGAAAUCAACCAAGUCUAUUUCGAGUCGACAGGCUAUGUCGAUACACCGGUAUAUCUGCUCAAAAGCAUCGAAAAGAGCACCCAAGUCAGUGGCCCGGCAAUCAUCAUCGAUGAGACGCAGACAAUUGUGGUGGCACCCAAUGCGCUCGCAAGCGUUUUGGAAACGUGCAUCGUGCUUGACUUGGAGGGCGGGAACUCUCGACAACGACAAUCAUCCAUCGCUGCGCAGUCUACCAAUGACAUACCGAUCGAUCCUGUUCGGUUGUCGAUCUUCGGGCACAGGUUUAUGUCCAUCGCCGAACAGAUGGGCAGAACCUUACAAAAGACCUCCGUGUCGACAAACAUCAAAGAGCGUCUUGACUUUUCUUGUGCACUGUUUUCACCUGAUGGGGGCCUCGUGGCCAACGCUCCACACGUGCCAGUCCAUUUGGGGUCUAUGCAAUUUGCAGUACGAUAUCAGCAUGAUCGCUGGAAAGGACAGUUGAAAGACGGCGACGUCCUCGUAUCGAAUCACCCAAGCUGCGGCGGCACUCACCUUCCUGAUAUCACUGUUAUUACGCCUGUUUUCGAUCGUCCGGAAGGAUCCGAGAUCGUUUUCUACGUUGCGUCCAGAGGUCACCAUGCGGACAUCGGUGGUCUGCUGCCCGGAUCUAUGCCUCCAAAAUCCACGGAACUAUGGCAAGAAGGUGCCGCUAUUGAGGCUGACAAGAUCGUCAAGGACGGUGUCUUCGACGAGGCAAGGAUGACGGAACUCCUGCUCCACGAACCCAGCAAGUACGAAGGCUGCUCGGGAACGAGGUGUCUCGAUGAUAACCUGUCGGAUCUCAAGGCCCAGAUCGCAGCAAACACUCGUGGCAUUCAACUCAUCCAGAACCUGAUUGCCGAGUAUGGUCUUACGUGUGUCCAGGCGUACAUGUACGCCAUCCAAGUCACCGCCGAAACAGCUGUUCGCAAUCUUCUUCGCGAGAUGCACGCCCGUUUCGGUGGUCAAGCUUUGGAAGCGGUCGACUACAUGGAUGAUGGCACACCAAUCAAGCUCAGAAUCCAGACCGAUAAAGAGACUGGCUUAGCUACAUUCGACUUUGAAGGCACGGGCCCGGAAGUCUACGGCAACACCAAUGCGCCUGUGGCCAUCACGCACUCGGCAAUCAUAUAUUGCCUUCGAUGUAUGAUCAACUCCGACAUCCCUCUCAACCAAGGCUGUCUGGCUCCCAUUACCAUCAAAGUCCCACCUCGGUCUCUACUUUCUCCGUCCCGCACUGCCGCCGUCGUCGGUGGGAAUGUGCUCACGUCCCAGCGCAUCACUGACGUCGUGUUCAAAGCGUUCCGCGCCUGUGCCGCGUCACAGGGCGACACCAAUAACCUCACUUUCGGGACGGGCGGAAAGUCCGAAGCUGAUGGCACACACGUGAAUGGGUUUGGAUACUACGAAACCAUUGCCGGCGGAGCAGGAGCAGGGCCUACCUGGAAUGGCCAGAGUGGUGUGCACACGCACAUGACGAACACGUGCAUUACCGACCCGGAGAUUCUGGAGAAGAGAUACCCUUGUAUCUUGCGACAGUUCUCGAUACGGCAUGGUUCAGGCGGUGUAGGGGCACGACCUGGUGGUGAUGGCGUUGUGCGGGAGAUCGAGUUCCUUGAGCCUGUACAGUGUUCGAUCCUGAGUGAGCGGAGGGUACACAGACCUUAUGGCAUGGAGGGCGGAGGGCCUGCGAAAGAGGGUCUGAAUCUGUGGGUCACCGUGGAUGAAGAGACGGGGGAGGAGAGGAGAGUGAAUCUGGGUGGGAAGAAUACGGUCAAGACUAAGAGAGGGGAUCGCGUCGUGAUCAUGACGCCUGGCGGUGGUGCUUGGGGAGCGAAGGAGAACUGAACCAAGUCACCUUCGAAUUCGUCUACUCAUCAGGGUAGGUAUAUUUUGUGUAUCAAGACAUGUUACUUCUUGGAGUCCACCUCAUGGCUCAUAUAUUGGUUAGAGAUAUGAAAUAUUGUGUGUUCUUGCAUCAUGUUCUGCCACUGGCUAUGUUCUUCCGCUGCUC